AUGGCUUCAGAACCUCCAACUGUACAUGCUGAGCAAUCCGAAAGACGAUCCGUUCGCAACCACCUGCCGAUAGCCGAACGCGCUCAUUUUGACCAGCCCAAAACUACCAAAGCCCUGUGCGAUGCUGUAAUCGCUCGCUACUCUUCCCCUUCCACUGCAGCUCUCGGCCGCCUUAUACUGCCCUACCUGUUUCCCGAGCUGUCCUCCUUUGCGACCGUAGCGGACCUCAUUACCCACCUUCGCACUAGUGACACGCGCUACCGCGCUGCCCUCCCAGCCGAGAGCGUCCCAAAGAAUGAGCCCCCGAUUUACACCACACUCUACUUUAUAGUCACCCGCCUCCCUGACUCUCUUCGCGCAGUCAGGGACCACUUUCUCGCCCUUAACCCCACCAAACUCACUAUCGACCUGCUUGAGGAGCACCUCCUUGCCGCUGAGACUAGUGUAGUCGCUGUAGGUGCUACUCGUGGCACUCCUCGCACGCCCUUCUUUGAGGGGUGCUCCCCCUCCCCCCUUGCCCCCUCUGUUGCUUCUGCUGCUGCUGUCGACUUCCUUGGUGCUAAGGAGGUCGGUGCUGCUUCUGCUCCUAGUGGGAAGCGCCGCAGCGGCAAGGGCAAGGGAGGCAAGAGCGGUAGGGGUGGUGGCGGGGGGGGUGGUAGUGGAGGCGGUGGAGGCGGUGGAGGUGGGGCCGGUGGCGGUGGGAGUGGUGGCGGGAGUGGUGGAGUCGGUGGCGGCGGUGGCGGCGGUACUGGGGGUGGUGGUGGACGUCGCGGCGGCAGUGGGAGUGGUGGCGGCGGUAGUGGCAGUGGAGGGGGUAGUGGCGGCGGCAGUGGUGGUGGUCGGGCUGGAGCCGGCAACCACGCUGGUCAGACGUGUGGGAAGUUUCACACUCAGCAUCGCUGUUUCUCCCGCCUAGACGACGCUUGGCGCACUAAGUAUGGCGAUGAGGCUGAGAUGCCCCGCUGGGCAGAGCUGCUUAGGGAUGGUGUUGAUAUCUUUGCUCUUGGCUAUGAUGCUAUUCUUGCUGGCAUGAAUGCUAUGACUACUAGUGCUGAGGGUGACUGUUACUUGUGUGUGCCGCCUGACCCAGGUAUAGAGGCUGCUGCUCUAGGUGCUAGUGAGUCUGCUCUCUCUGGUACUGCGCCUGCUGAGGCCUUGCACACCUUCACGCUUGACUCAGCGUGUGGCGAUCUGUACGUGCUCCCGGACUGGCCGUCACCUGGCCUUGUUCACCGGUCGACCUGGGUCGAGUCUGUACACUCUGACUACUGCGCCGACUCAGGUCGCUGCGUCUGCUCAAGUGUCCGCGUCAGGUCUCUGCCUGCCCUCCCUCCCUCGCCUGCGCCGCCUUGCAUUCCUUGCGUCGAGGGGCGGCAACGCGCCGCUCCUCACUCCUCCGAGUUUCCCCCGACGACUGCUCCCUUGCAGACUCUCCACAUGGACGUGUGGGGCCCAGCCCGCAUCAGUGGACAGAGCCACGAGCGGUACUUUCUGCUGGUUGUUGACGACUACUCGCGUUACACCACGGUCUUCCCCUUGCGCAGCAAUGGGGAGGUCCCUGAUGUCCUGAUCCCCUAG